CCAUCGUCCCCCACUUCUCCCUAUUCCUUUCACCUCUGUCCAUUUUUUUUUUCUUCAAGUUUUAUUACUAUAUUAAUUAACAUAUAAUAAAAAAUAAUAAUCAUAUCAUCCAAAGAAAAAGAAAAAGCAGACAGAGAGAAAAAAAUUGAUUGAGAGAGGCAAUGUCAUCAAGUGAUAGAGGUAAGGGGUUCGCAGAAGGAUCAUCGAGCUUCGGGAUCGAUCAUCAUCAUCAACAUCAUCAACAUCAGCCGACUCCGGCGACUCCUAGCCGGUACGAAUCGCAGAAGAGGCGAGACUGGAACACAUUCGGGCAGUACCUGAAGAAUCAAAGGCCUCCGGUGGCUCUGUCGCAGUGCAAUUGUAACCAUGUGUUGGAUUUUCUUAGGUACCUGGAUCAGUUUGGGAAGACCAAGGUCCACCUCCAAGGCUGCAUGUUUUACGGCCAGCCGGAGCCGCCCGCGCCUUGCACGUGCCCGCUCCGGCAGGCGUGGGGAAGCCUCGACGCUCUCAUAGGGCGGCUGAGAGCCGCCUAUGAAGAGAACGGAGGAUUCCCCGAGACGAACCCUUUUGCGAGUGGUGCAAUAAGAGUUUAUCUGAGGGAGGUGAGGGAGUGCCAAGCCAAGGCUAGAGGGAUUCCGUACAAGAAGAAGAAGAAGAAGCCAGAUCAGGGUAAAGGGAUGAGCGGUGAAGCAACCUCUACUGGAAUGCAGUUUUAGUAUCUCUUCACUACUCUUCUUAAUCCUUUUGUCCUUUUCUGAUGGGUCAAUGGAGAAUAAGCAAUGAAAGGAAAUUAAGAUAUGUUCUCGCUCGCCAAUAUAUCUUGAAGUUUCAUUCUGGUGUUGAUUUUGAUUAAUUAAUGUUACUAUUUCUGCUGCUUUUCUACUCAUACAUGCAUGAGGGGUUUGCUAGUUAUUAUAAUAUCGAGGAAGAAGUACGUACGUACGGACUUGAAUUAUAAAUGAUCAGUGAUCUUUUGUGGGCAACAUUUAUGCUGGCCUGGUAUAUAUAGCUAAGUUUUUAUCAUUUGGGAAUACAAUAUAUAAAUUAGUAUAUAUUUAUAUAUGUUUGUACUCUACUCUAUCACAACUCCUUUUAUGUAAAUUUAAUUUCGGUCGAUUAAUUAUAUAUUCCUCAGAAAUUGCAUAUA